AUGCCACCACCGACCUCUUCCGUGGGUUUCUCCAAUCUACUCAAUCACGACUCGGACUCCAAUUCAGGCAACUCUGCCGAUUCUGCAAUGGCUUCUUCCGUCAGCUUGUUGCCGCCACUGAUGAAGGGUGCUCGCCCAGCAACGGAGGAAGUGCGCCAGGAUCUGCCUAGGCCAUACAAGUGCCCGCUUUGCGACCGUGCCUUCCACCGCCUGGAGCAUCAAACAAGGCACAUUCGAACGCACACCGGCGAGAAGCCCCACGCCUGCCAAUUCCCCGGCUGCACUAAGCGCUUCAGUCGCUCCGAUGAGCUUACUCGACACUCGCGCAUUCACAACAACCCCAAUUCCCGCCGUAGCAACAAGGCUCAGCACCUCGCGGCGGCAGCCGCAGCCGCGGCCGGCCAGGAUACCGGUAUGGUCGCCGCCACCAACAUGAUGCCCCCGCCAAGCAAGCCUAUUACUCGCUCUGCGCCUGUUUCCCAGGUUGGCUCGCCGGACGUGUCACCUCCUCACUCCUUCUCUAACUACGCCAAUCACAUGCGCUCCAACCUGGGUCCCUACUCCCGUAACACCGAGCGCGCCUCCUCCGGAAUGGACAUCAAUCUGCUCGCCACGGCCGCUUCGCAAGUGGAGCGCGACGACCACCUUGGUUUCCACGGAUCCCGCAACCACCAGAUGUUCGGAUCCCGCCACGGCACUGGCCGUGGUCUUCCUUCACUUUCCGCGUACGCGAUCUCUCAGAACAUGACGCGCUCGCACUCCAAUGACGACGAUGACAACUUUGGCGGCCACCGCGUCAAGCGCUCUCGUCCCAACUCUCCCAACUCCACCGCUCCUUCCUCUCCUACUUUCUCCCACGACUCCCUUUCCCCAACCCCGGACCACACCCCGCUCGCGACUCCCGCCCACUCGCCUCGCCUGCGUCCUCUCGGCGCCAGCGAGCUUCACCUGCCUUCUAUUCGCCAUCUCUCUCUUCAGCACACGCCCGCUUUGGCACCUAUGGAACCUCAACCUGAAGGUCCUAAUUAUUAUAGUCCCACUCAGGGACACAUGGGUCCCACCAUUGCCGACAUCAUGUCUAAACCGGACGGCACACAGCGCAAGCUGCCAGUGCCCCAGGUUCCUAAGGUUGCCGUGCAGGACAUGCUCAACCCGGCAUCUGGGUUCCCCUCCAUGAACUCGUCAGCGAACAAUUCCGUUGCGGGUGGAGAUCUAGCGGACCGAUUCUAG